AUGCCUCCGGUGACGUCAUUUCCGGACACUUUGGCCACAACUGUGAAGGCAGUUGUAGCAUUAACUGUGGAGUCCUUGGUAUAUGUAACAGAGAGACGGGGGAAAGUCAAGGCCGAUGUCAGGAGGUAUGAGUGUGAUAAUGAUAGAUACGGAGCUGAGUGCAAUAUGACUUGUGGUAACUGUAGCAACGCAGAACAAUGUAAUCAUGUGAACGGAAGAUGUCCGAACGGAUGUGACGUUGGUUUUGAAGGGGAUAAGUGUGAUCAAGAAUGUGAUAGCCGGACAUACGGAGAAGACUGUGGUCUGUCUUGUGGAACAUGUUUAAAUUUAGAACAAUGUCACCACAUUAAUGGGACAUGUUUCAAAGGAUGUGACAGAGGAUUCCAAGGAGAUAAAUGUACUAAGGAAUGUGAUGGUGGUACAUUUGGACUAAACUGUGCUCAGUCAUGCGGGGUAUGUCUUGAUAAAGAACAGUGUCAUCACAUUAACGGAACAUGCUUGAAUGGCUGUGACAGAGGUUACCAAGAGAUCAACUGUACACAAGAAUGCGCCUGGGGUUUCCAUGGUUACCAAUGUAAUGAAACAUGCAGUGCAAAUUGUUUAAAUAGAAGUUGUAACGCGGUAACUGGAGAGUGUCUACUGGUUAGUAGAACUGGUUAUUGAUCAAACUUAUAUGCAUUUUAAGCUGAUUUUUAAAGAAUUUAAUUGUUAUAAGCAUUCCAAAUUCAUUUUUUAAAAAUAUCCGAUAUCUUUUGAAUACAUAUGUACUUUUGACGCUAAAUGAAGGUUGAUGAUUCCUGUAAAAAAUAACAAUAAAAUAAAAUAAUAUUUUUGCUUCAAGAUUAUUUUCUGUUAUGAAAUACUAGGAAAAAGAAAUAAAGUUUCCAUUUAUA